UCUCUCUCUCUCUCUCUCUCUCAGUCGGUGGCGCUUUGCCUUUGCCGACUAUACAAUCCAACAUGGAGUGAACGCGGAGCGGCGAUGGGGCUCGCGCGGGGCCGUCCUCACCGAGAGCAGCUCGCGACUGCAGCCGCGGCGUUGUCGCCGCACGCGCGCUCAUCACACACCGACGACGACUCCGACGUCCGCGAGACCAUCGGGCUGGAUUAUACGGUGUCGCGCGCUGGUUAAAGUGCAAGACGAAAAACAAACAAACGAAGUGGGGUAAAAAAAAAAAAAAAAUCGCUGCUAUACUACACAGCUAGAAGAAAGAAAACUGGGGGGAAAAAAAACACCGAGAGACCGGAUCGGUGGGAGACAAAAUGGAGCCUGGACGCUGGUGCGCGCGCGCUCUGGGAUGUUAUUAUUGUAGGUGAAACGAGGGAGAUAAAAUGACCGAGGAAUCGCAGCCAGACGAUGACGACUACCUGGUGCGCGUAAAAGCAGUGGUGAUGACGAGGGACGACUCGAGCGGUGGUUGGCUGGCUCAGGAAGGGGGCGGGCUCAGUCGGGUGGGCGUGUGUAAGGUGGCUCCGGCCGAUCUGGACCUCCUUGGUCGUAACGGUUUCCUCAUCUACGGAGAGAGACUCCGAGACAAGCAGGUAAUCCUCAAGUGCUUCCUGAAGAAGGACCUGAUCUAUACUAAAGCCACUCCCACGUUCCAUCACUGGCGAGUGGACAACAAGAAGUGCGGCCUGACAUUCCAGAGUCCGGCGGACGCUCGCGCAUUCGACCGUGGCGUCAGGAAGGCCAUCGAAGACCUGACUGAUGGUUCUACCACGUCCUCGUCUACUCUACAGAACGAGACGGAGCUGGGAGACGAUGAUGUCUUCACGACUGCCACAGACAGCUCGUCUAACUCGUCGCAAAAGAGGGAGCCGUCGUUGCAGACGCUCGCACCGAUCGGCUUCUGUGAAUCGCGUCACCACCAGUGCAUUCUGGGACAUCUCUACAACCAGCACAGGCACUCCGACCAUUACUUCCUGGACCAGGCGGUGCCGAUGUUCCCCCAUGUUCCUGUGAACUUCCCAGAGGAAGAGGAAGAGCUUGUGCGCAUAAAUCCACGUGAGCGCGCCUGGCUAACGGGCUACGAGGACUAUCGUCACGCCACCACGGCCGCCCACAAACUCCUGCGCCCGGAACCUACGGACGCUUAUGUCUCCUUCGCCAAGAGCGAAGUGCCCAAACAUGACUACACUUACCCGUACCCGCACCGGCUCUCUGGAGACGACAGUAAAUCAGGCAUCAGUGGUGGCGUGGUGUCGUGCCAGCCGCGGGCUCCGUGGCGCACGGAGGAUGAACGCGUGCGCUGCGUGUACUGCCAGGACGUGUUCAACCCGGCACAGAACCGGCGCGGGCAGUGCCAGGAGGCGCCUGACCCAGUGGUGGCACUCAUACGGCGCGUGAGCUUCAUGUGGUGUGCCGACAGCCUGCUGUACCACUGCAUGGCCGACGCCGAGGGCGAGUACUCAGAGCCGUGUUCAUGCGACCCCAGUGACGGGCGUCUCGUCCUGCGCUGGCUUGCGUUGCUUGGCCUGUCGCUCAUCGCACCCUGCAUGUGCUGCUACGCGCCGCUGCGUGCCUGCCAUCGCUGUGCCGUCGCGUGCCACUGCUGCGGUGCCCGACACAAGGCUUCCGGCUGACAGGGACCAGAAAGUGGAGGGAGAUGGAAGUGAACAAAUGUCAGACGGCGACUUUUUUUUUUCCACAGGGGUUUUGUUUUCUCUGGACACCUCCUGAUGUGUUUAUCAGUUAUUUUUGGUGCCAUUCAGCUUCUAUGCUAUUAACAGUAAAUUCAUUUAUAUAGUCAUUUAUAUAUAUAAUAAAGUGUAUAUAUAUAUAUACACCUGGCUAACGGGCUAUAUAUAAAUCUAUAUAGAUAAAUAUAUAUAUAAAUAUAUAUAUAAAUCCAGGUACUUUUAUGUUUUUACAAUAUUCUGGAUUACGUAUGUUUGUUUCAUUUUUAUGUUUACUUUUGGUUUUGGUUCGCCGUGGCCUGCCAGUGCGAGGUGGAGCUCUCCCGUCUGAGGCACUUAACUCAUACGUGAACGUCCGCCCUGUCCAAACGGACAAACCCGAAUGUGUGUUGUAUGUGAUGAAAUGGAGACAAAAGUGUGGAACUUAUUUUUUGCUGAAGCCAAAAUGUUAUAAGCUGCCGAGCGUGUAUACAGGCCGAAUGUGCCACAGUGAAAUACAACUGUGAUAGAAAAGUGUGCGUGCGUGUGUGUGUGCGUGCGUGUGUGUGUGAGUGUGUGAGUGAAACCUCUGGAAUGAUCUGGAUUUCUCUAUGAAUGGGCCUUCAACUGUCAUGAUAAUAAUAAGUAAAGACAAUCUUAUUUAACAAAUGCUUUACAGUGCUGGUUUUGAGAUACUGUACUGUUAUAAACAAACGUCGCAACGUCAUGAGAAAUUAUGUUGUGCUGCGCAGUGUACUUAUAAUUUUGCUUACAUAACUUUUUUUUUUAGUUAGACAAAAAACUACUAAGGAAGCAUCUUUGCUAACGUUUGUUACUAAAAUGUUGCGGUAAAGUUGUAGUUCUUAAGUACUACAUGUUCUCGAAACACCUGUAAGUCAUGGACAACUUUUCGCUAACACUUCAGUUGUAACCUGGGUGAACCACAUGCUUAAGUACCCCUCUCUGAACCAGAACCAAACGUCCAGGGGGCGGAGUCAGACCUGAUAUGACAGGAUUUAGUAGCCUCAGUUCGAACUCUGUUUGUACUGUUCUUGAGAUUUCAAUUAACCCUUGAAUAUUCAAUCUUGGUUCUUGUAAAAUUUUCUCUAAAGGACCUUAUAUAUUUUUUUAAGCGUGUUCAUGUGAACAUGAAUUUUGCAGCGGUCAGAAGUGCUCCAUUUCGCUCGUUCUGGGUUUGCUGUCGUUUAAGACCGACCGGGGAAAUCAUCAACCUGUGCAAGAUGCCAUUUUGUAAAAAUAGUUUAUAUUAAAUAACAUCGUCUUUAUGUGUUUGACAUGGAUAAAGCCGAUUCAUGCAGAAAUCCCAAAAAAAAGCCCUCAGAGGUUCUAAAUCUCACAACUGUAACUGCUCUUCUGAAUGUCCAGUUAACAUGCAGCCUACAUUGCUGUCAAACUGUAUUGUAAAUGUCAGUGUGUGUGUGUGUGUGGGGGGGGGAAUGUAUGAAGCCGUAUUUACACUGUGUAUAUUUGAAAUCGAGAACCAGCCUCAAAAUCAAUGUAAUUAUCUACAAGACGAAUAAAAAGCUGUCUUUUUUU